AUGGGUCGUCUACGGCAAAAGGGCAAGGCAGGCGCUGCAAAGGCCUAUAUCACACGAACUUCGGCCAUAAAGAAGCUGCAGUGUUCUUUGGCCGAUUUCCGGAGACUAUGUAUACUAAAAGGCAUCUUCCCUCGUGAGCCCCGUAGUCGCAAGAAGGCUAACAAGGGAUCGUCCGCCCCUACAUCGUUCUACUAUACGAAAGACAUUGCAUAUCUUGCGCAUGAACCUGUUCUGAGGAAGUUAAGAGAGCACAAGGCUUUUGCGAAGAAGCUUUCUCGUGCACUCGGUCGAGGGGAAUGGAGCAGCGCCAAAACCCUUGAGGAUAACAAGCCCGUGUACAAGCUUGAUCAUAUUAUCAAGGAGCGAUACCCCACCUUCAUCGAUGCAUUGCGAGAUAUUGAUGAUGCACUAUGUAUGGCCUUCUUGUUUGCUUCCCUCCCAUCGAACUCCCGCCUCCCCCCCGAACUCAUCGAGAACUGCACGCGUCUCGCCUCCGAAUGGCAGCUGUAUAUCAUGCACACACGGUGCUUGCGCAAAGUGUUCUUGUCAAUAAAGGGUGUAUAUUAUCAAGCUGAAGUCAUGGACCAAUCCAUAACUUGGCUGGUACCUUAUCAAUUUACCCAAAGCAUACCACCGGAUGUGGAUGUUCGUGUAAUGUUGACAUUCUUAGAGCUUUAUCAGACAUUAUUGGGCUUCGUAUUUUUCAAACUCUAUGCGGAUGCUGGCUUUGCAUAUCCUCCCCCACUAGAUACCCAAAAGGAUGAAGGAGCAGCUGGUGUCGGGGCCUUCAGCCUACAAACCGUUAUGCGGUCUGUGCAGGCGGCUCCAUCAAAAUCAGAAACGAUAGGGAAGAAAGUCUCUGGCAAGGAAGUCAGGCAAACUAUCAAAAGCAUCGAUGCCUCAACAGACCAAGACAUGGAGGUUGACCCGAGUCCCACUCAGGACACAGUUGCCGACAUCGAGGAAGAAUUCGUUGUUCAUCCUUCGUCGACAGACCCUCAAUCCUCCGCCGCACUCCCCACUCUACAUUCCCUGUUUGCCCUCCCCCAGACGGCCCAAACAUCAUUAUUUUCGCCAUAUACGUUCUGGCUCUCCCGAGAAACCUCCAGGCCUGUGUUCGAGUUCUUGGUUCGGUCGUUUGGCGGUCGAAUUGGCUGGCCUGCAUCGUCUGGGGGCGGUUCCGCGUUUGGCGAGGACGAUGAGAGCAUCACGCAUGUCAUCAUCGAUCGUCCUCUGAUCGAAAUGACCCCGGAAGAACGGCAAAGACGGACGAGGCGCAAGUAUGUACAGCCUCAAUGGAUUGUUGAUUGCAUCAACGCUGGAAAGAUUCUGCUCGAGGAACCCUAUGCUCAGGGCAAAACGCUUCCUCCUCAUCUUAGUCCAUUUGGCGAGCGAGCCGGUGCAUACGAUCCUACGGAGGCUGUACCCGAUGUGGCUGAGGCGGAAAGCGAAGCGGAAAGCGAAGAAGAGGAAGCCGUCAUUCAAGCAGAGGAGGAAGAAGAGGAAGAAGAGGGGAAGCAAGCGUUGCGCGCAGCAGCCGAUGUAGCGGCUGAUGACGCAGGUGCUCUCCGUGCUGCGGAACUGGCUGCCGAAGCAGCUGGCGUGGACUAUGAUGCGUUUGAGAAGGAGGUCAGCAAGUCUCGCAAGAAGGCGAAAAAGGUGGCCGUGGAGGACAAAGACGCCGACGCCGAACAAGACAUGAACAAAAUGCUAAUGAGCAACAAGCAGCGAAAGCUGUACGAGCGCAUCAAGCACAGCCAGGGCAAGCGAAAUACCGAGCGUACCAAAUUGGAGGAAAGAAAGAAGAAUUUGGUCAAGCAGAAAAAGUGUGAAGCUAAAGCUUGA